UUCAAUCUGGCUUAGAGAUGUUGGUUUUCUUGUGGAUAUUACAUAAACAUUAAAUGAACUUAAUUUGCAACUUCAGGGGAGAGACACAGAACUACCAGAAAUGAUUUCUGAUAUAAAAGCGUUUAUGAAAAAUCUUGAGUUUCUGGAACAAAACUUAAUCUAUGGCGAUACCAGGCAUUUUCCUGUUCUUUCAGAAAGUCCGUUAAAACCAUUUGAUAGUAAUUAUCAUGUAGAAAUAGUCUCUAGCUUGAAGGAUAGCUUCAAAAAUCGUUUCAAGGCUUUCAAAGAAAUUGCUGUAGUGGCGCGAUUUGUUGUUUCACCCUUCAUGGAAAAAUAUAUUCAACUGUUUGCAACUUCUGUUACGCAGAAUUUUAGCGAAGACAUCGCUGCGACAGAAAUGGAAGUAAGCUUCAGCUUUCACAAAAAAACAUGCAAGUUGGUUCUAUUUAUCGCUUAA